GCCCUCGAGUUCUGCGGGGAGACAGCCCCGAAGCACAUCUCCGACUUGUUGUCGCCUGGGGACAUGGCGAACUUCCAGGCUACUCUCGACUCGGAGGCCCUUGAUCAAGCGAGGAGGUCAGUUACGGAUGGGUCACUCAAAACCAUCGAACCGUUGCUUGAGACUGUUGCGAACCAACUUCCCCAUCUUGCUUUCCGCGUGAACGUCGUGACCGCAGAGCCCGCUUCGGAUGAUGAGAUAUCCGAUGCGUUCGCGGAGCCUUCCGAGAUCUCGCAGAUCAUCACAGAUGCCGUCAUCAACGAGACCUCGGUGAUCUCAGUGCUGAUGAAGACUGCGCUGAAGCUGAACGACCAGGUAUUUUUCAAGGAGGUGAAGACCGUUCACAACGGUUUGCAGCUCGUGGUGGCUAACGCGGGCGUGGCCAAGUGGUAUCAGGAGCAUCGCAGUCAAGAGGAGCGCAGGCCGAGCAAAGAGUCUUCUAUCAUGCCAUUACUAACGGCCCUCCACAAUCAGAUCAGCGAUGCCCAGACCCUGUUCGACGGCACGCUGAAGCUCGACAAGAACGUGUACACCAACGCCACCUCGGAAGAUGCUCAGAAUCAUGUCAUUCCUGAUCUCGACAGGGCGUGCUUGGGCACUGACUUCACGGGCGCGCUUGCAGAUGCGAAGCUCACGAUUCGCCGUGUAUCGAUGACGUGGACCACUACCUUACUUAUGAUGGAUUCAAAGAUCACGGAGUCCUGCCCCGCUGGAUUCGAGCUUCACGGAGACGACUUGAUGUCUCAAUCUCAGGUCCUGGAGACCAUGCACAGCAACCCGCACUACGCCAAGAUCGGCCCGAUGUGCGAGAUGAUCAAGGACGCGAGGGAGGCGUGCAUGGUGCCCGCCUUCCGCCCGGGCGGCACC